CUCGUUACUUCUCAUCCAUACACACCCUAUCAGCCACUUCAAUGGCUCUCACCGGAAAUCGCAUCCUCUGCAAUACUCCCACCGGAGCACCGUAUAGGCACCUCCCUGUCCGCCGUCCGUUCCUCAUACCAUGCUGGUCGACCCCGCCCCGGUCUCAUGGAAGAAGCCAUAUCAUCGUCUCGGCGGCGAAAAAGGGUAGGUUUGAGAGCAAGAACAGAACGGGUUCACUUUCAACCAAGGAAAAAGUUAAAGAAGAUGAAAAACAGGCGGGUCAGCCUUCUAUAGGAGCUGAAAAUGAUGGCCCGGAAAGCCCAAUUGCCACUGCCGCCGAUGGGUUUGUUAUGCCGGUACUUCCCGGCAAGGAGACUGAUUUUUGGGAAGGUCCUCAGUGGGAUGCUUUUGGAUUCUUCCUUCAGUACUUGUGGGCUUUUGGCAUUGUUUUUGCGCUAAUUGCAUGUGGCAUUGCUGUUACAACAUACAAUGAGGGAGCAACAGACUUCAAGGAUACUCCAGCAUACAAGGAAUCGGUUCAGUCACAAGAACUCCUAGAAGGACCCGAAGCAUCUGAUUCAGAUGUCUUUGAAUCCAAUCCAACCGAGGAAGCGCCUAGUUUGGAAUAGCUUAUUCUAAUCAUGGAUUGUUUAGAGCUGAGAUUGUGAUACAUUGGGUAAUGACAAACUUAUUUUAUGUGUAUUCCUUUGAUAUAGAAGUGAUAGCCAUGGAAGCCAAAAACUUGAAAUCAUAUUUUCAAUGAGGAAUCAAAGUCUCAUUACAUAUA